GCUGGAGAGCAGCCGUCAGGCGGCUUUGAAGACCCGCAGCACACCGCACUGACGAGGAGGAGGCUCGUGCACUGGAGAGCCGCGCGCACCUGUGUCAUCAGCACGUGCAGUAGCGCGACAGCAGCAGUCCGAUAACAAGAUCUGCUCAGAGCGCCUCCUCCAGACGCAUGGCCACAGCAGGAGAAAAGCUGAGGGGAUCUAAGGAGUCCAGUUUGCAGUCUGAGGAGUCAGCGGGGCCCGGGGAGUCCAGGAUGACGUUGACGGGCUCCCUGAACUCCUGGGAGUCGGAUCUGACUUCCAUCCAGCACACGCUGAAGUUUGUGUUGAAGCUGAGGGAGGAGUUUGUUUGUCCCGUCUGCAGAGGAGUCGUGCUGAACCCACAGCAGAACUCCUGUGGACACAUCUACUGCUUCCACUGUCUGCAAGGACUGCUGGAGAGUUCGUCACCGUCCAGCCCAGUUUGUCCAGUGGACGGAGCCGUGAUCACACCUGCUGAGGUUUUCCAGGACAACUGCUGCAAACGAGAAAUCUCCAAUUUGGAAGUGUACUGCACCAACUCCCCAGCCUGCACCUCUGUUGUCACCCUGCACCACCUGCAGGAGCACCUGAGGUCGUGUCCCUACGAGCAGCUGCAGUGCUGCAAUCCAGGCUGCAGGGCGGUGCUACAGAGGAGAUAUCUGCAGGACCACCUGACCAACACCUGUCCCCAGCGCACGGAGCCCUGCCCGCUCUGCCAGCAGCCGCAGCGACUCGGCCUCAUCCAGGACCAUGUGCAAACUUCCUGUCCAGAGGUGGAGUUGGACUGUCCCAACAGCUGCUCCCAGAAGGUCCCCAGACACAAGCUGACGGAGCACAGAGACGCGUGUCCCGACCUUCACAUCGACUGCCCUUUUAAGAAGUUCGGCUGCUUGGUGAAGGAUAAAAGAAAGAAAGUGAAGCUGCAUGAAGACGCUGCUGUCAACCAUCACAUGCUGCUGGUCCUGAGGAGCAACACUCACCUGGAACAACAGGUGGAGGUUCUCCAGGAGGAGGCGCUGCUGAGGCAUCAGGAGGUCCAGACAGACAGUUUACUGCUUGCUGAUGUGCAGGAGGAAAUCAGACCACUGCUGCAGCAGAACAGCAGCCAUGAACACAUCAUCUCCACGGCUCAGAGGACUCUCAGCAGGCAGGAGGACACCCUGUCCACCAUCCAGCGGGAAGUCCAGCAGGUGGCUCGGGGACUCGGUCCUGGCCUGGAGGAGCUGGAGCAGCUCAGGAAGUCUCUGGAUGCUGUGAUCCAGGAAGUGUCGGCAACAGAGGCCCUUAAAGAACACCUGGCAUCUUUGGAGGACAAUCUGAAGCACCACUCUGGUCUCCUGGAUCUCCAUGCCGCUCAGCUCAGUCGUAACAAGGAGCACCUGCGGGAGCUCGAGGCCACGUCCUACGAUGGAAAAUUGAUCUGGAAGAUCGAAGACUUCAGGAGUAGGAAGGAAGCUGAGGCCAGGGGUCAGCUGCCUUGUCUGAGCAGCGCACCUUUUCACACUAGCCGGUGUGGCUAUAAAAUGGCUGCCAAGAUCUAUCUGAAUGGGGACGGGGAGGGAAGAGGGACUCACCUGUCCCUUUAUGUUGUCCUGAUGCCAGGAGACUUUGAUGCUCUGCUUCCAUGGCCUUUUAAACAAACCGUGUCUCUGUCCAUUCUGGAUCAAAGUGGUGCUGGUAACCACCGGAGCCUCAGCUUCAGACCAGACCCGACAUCCAAAAGCUUUCAACGACCUGCCGCUGAGUCCAUUGGCAAUGUCGCUGUUGGAUUUUCUUGCUUUGUUCCCCUCAGCAAGCUGGAAACUCCCCAGGAGGCCAUGUAUGUGAACAAUGACACGCUGUUUGUCAAAGUGAAGGUGGACACUGCGGGUUUAGAGCAGCUGUGAGAUUUUGUCUUCAAGUUAAUUCAAUUUUAUUUAAAGUGCCAAUUCAUAACAGUUAUCUCAAGACGCUUUACAGGUGUGUAAACUACACAUUCAGAAGAAGAGAAUCAGAGAGAAACAGGUCCCAGGGCAAAACCCCACACUGAGUCAGCAUUCGGCCACAGUGGAGACGAAAAACUUCCUCUUAACAGGCAGAAACCUCCAGCAGAACCAGACUCAGUGUAGACGGCCUGGGAG